CCAUAAAUGCACCCCAACCAGAUCAAAAUGAACCAUUAUAUAUAUCCCUUGCACCCAUUUUACCAAUCCCACAAAUUACUCUGAGGUUCUUUUAGCCACCUCUCUCACUCUCUCUCUCUCUCUCUCAACCAUGGCACCACACAAAUUGUUGAAGGUGGAAGUCCUAAGCAAAACCCAUGUCAAGCCCAAAAAGCCACUAGGAAGAAGUGAAUGUCAAUUGGUCACAUUUGAUCUUCCUUACCUAGGCUUCUUCUACAACCAAAAGUUUUUACUCUACAAAGGCUCUAACUUCGAUGAAAUUGUGGAAAAAUUGAAGGCUGGUCUAGGGAUUGUCCUGGAAGAAUUCUAUCAACUGGCUGGCAAAUUAGGCAAAGAUGCGGAUGGGGUGUUUCGGGUGGAGUACGACGACCACAUGGACGGCGUGGAGGUGAUGGUGGCGGCCGCCGCCGAGGAGGUCGGAGUGGCUGAUCUAAUGGAGGAGAUGGGCAUGGCCACGUUCAAGGAGUUGCUGCCUUACAAUGAUAUCUUGAACUUGGAGGGCCUUCACCGCCCGCUUUUGGCCGUGCAGCUAACCAAACUGAGAGACGGCUUAGUGAUGGGGUGUGCAUUCAACCACGCUGUGUUGGAUGGAACGUCCACGUGGCACUUCAUGAGCUCAUGGGCCGAGAUAUGCCGUGGGUCCCACUCCAUCUCGGUCCCACCAUUCCUCGACCGCACCAAAGCCAGAGACACACGUGUGAAGCUCAAUCUGGAAAAACCAUCGGACGCCCCCGAAAAAGCCAAGUCAGCAGAAAACGGCGACGUCACCAAGUCGGACCCACCACUCCAAGAAAAAAUCUUCCGCUUCUCCGAGUCCGCAAUUGACCAGAUCAAGUCAAACCUCAAUUCAAACCCAUCCAACGGCACAAAACCGUUCUCAACAUUCCAAUCCCUCUCCACCCACAUUUGGCGCGCAGUCACACGUGCCCGCCAACUCAAGCCAGAGGAAAUCACAGUCUUCACUGUCUUCGCCGACUGCCGUAAAAGGGUCGACCCUCCAAUGCCGGAAAAUUACUUCGGAAACCUAAUUCAGGCCAUAUUCACCGGGACCGCAGCCGGAUUGCUGUCGGCACACCCACCGGAGUUCGGGGCGAAUCUGAUACAGAAAAGCAUAGAAAUGCAUGACUCAAAAGCCAUCAAUGAGCGUAACAAGGAUUGGGAGAGCAACCCGAAAAUCUUCGCGUACAAGGACGCGGGAACGAACUGCGUUGCAGUGGGGAGCUCGCCGAGGUUCAAGGUUUACGAGGUGGACUUCGGGUGGGGCAAGCCGGAGAGUGUGAGGAGUGGGACCAACAACAGGUUUGAUGGUAUGGUGUAUCUGUAUCCGGGGAAGAGUGGAGGUAGGAGUAUUGAUGUGGAGAUCAGUUUGGAGGCUGGUGCUAUGGAGAAGUUGGAGAAGGAUAAGGAGUUCCUUAUGGAGGCUUAGAAGUGAUCAAUUAAUUAAGUGGUUGUUUAUUAUGGAUUUGGAGAGUUUGGCUGGCUUUGGCUUAAUUAGGUCUUGUGUUUAAUUUGUAUCCUUUUAAUGUGACAAAUGGUAUGUGUUGUUGAUAUAUAUGGUUUAAGACUUUUAAGAAGAUGGUGUCUAGAGCUUUUUGUAUCUGUAAGCUAGCUCCUAGCUGGAGUUUGUUUUGUGGUUUUUCUCUUUAUGAGAGAGCUUUCCUUCCACUCAACAAAAUCGUGGGAUAAUAAUAUAAUGGGUGGUGAUUGAUGAUUUGUUUCA